GAACCGGGAAGUACCGGGAGGCAUUUACGCGCGUUACUUUCCAACGCGGGCAACGUGACGCGCGCACGCCGUUCACCACCGUACGUCCACGCAACGUUGGUACUCGAGGAUCGGUCGAGAGUCACAAGGUGCGAGCAACGACGAAGGGAAAUCAACGCGGCUACGGAGCCUAGAAAGCUCCGAGCUUCGUCGGAUCGUCUCGGUCGCUUUCUUCGACUGGAUGAACUUUUUCACCACUCCGCGGUGAUCGGGUUGUGGUCAAUUGUUGUGAUUUGUGAGCGUGUUUUGUGGCCAGCAGCCAUCGAGUUCACGCCACGUGUGCACGUGGGAACCACGGCGUGACGCUUUGUAAGUACGCGGACGAGAGGACCAUGGCGAAGUCGCGAUACGCGUGAAAUCGAUCCCGAAACACGGAAUGGAUGAUAUUUGUGAGUAGUGAGGUGGUGGCGAUGAUCGUGAUCCUCGUACAGUAAGUUCGUAAUCGUUCACCCGUAUCGCGCGUUGUGACUCUGUGACACUUUUAAAACGUAAGCAGAUACAUCUCUUGCUAACCGUUGUUAUCGAGGAAAGUGUUGUUAUAAUCUCGCAUUUUUCAUCACGGAAGAAGAGGACCACUGCUUCUUCUCCUGACGUUUCGGGGAGGAAACUUCGAUCGCACGGAGGGUUUGUUCCCGAUUUCUCGGAUCCCGAGGAUACUUUCUCAACAAUCAGGAAUCACUCGACAGGAACCGUUGAAACGAUCGCGGAGAUUCGGGAUGCGAGGCUGACAUGGCGGAGGGCUCGGCCGAAGAGGAACAGAGCAGCACAGCGGCACCUGCCUCGCCCCCAGCUGACCUCCGGACCCUGAACACCCAGCUGUCGCCCCCCUACUCGCACCAUCAUCUUCAGCAACACCUCCAGCACCGGCAGCAUCGCAACAUGCUGGCGACCGCCGCCCCGCCGCGGCACAGUCACAGCCUCAUGUCCCAUCAGAUCAAGACGGAAGCAGACCUGGACCCACCCUGCGACGUCCCGCUCAACCUGAAGAGCGAGGACAGCGACAGAAGCAGCACGGGAAGCCCUGAGCCGGGAUCCGGAGCCGCUCUUCACGAACACCAUAUGCUUAUGGGAGGUCUGAGAAACUCGCCCCAAAGAGAACCCAACACACCUCCGGACACCGUAGACCACGCCAAAGCGGCCGCUCAGGCGCAAGCACAUUUAAAUGGAACAAUGGCCGGGAUGGUGACCCUUCAAAACUUGCAAAAUUGGGCAAAUCUUCAAAACCUCCCCCAGGUCGCGUCGCUGGCAGCUGGUCUGCAGGGAAUGACCGCUGGCUUGACAAACAAUCAGCUAAUCAACGCGCCUCUCAACCUUACCGUCAGUUCGUCGGCUGGUACGAUACCAACGUCGUCGAACACGGCAACCACUUCGCACCUUUUACCCCAAAGCUCCGUGACCGUGGCAACGCUGCCUCAACUCCUGUCGCAGCCGCAGCCAGUAGCGAUGCCUCAAUUCGUCCUGACCUCGGGACAACUCGUCCAGGGUAUCCAAGGGGCACGGUUGCUGAUACCGACCUCGCAAGGAUUUGAAACACAGACGAUUCUGACAAUACCCGUGAGCCACGUGACGAACAACCAGAUGGUCAACCUCGCCCUCAGUAACGGACAAGUGGUCUCGACGACGCUGGCCAAUCUGCAAUCGAUAGCCCAACCCCAGAGCAUUAUGAACACCCCAUCGAGCAACGUACCGACCAGUCCGAGCCUCGCUUCCGGCCUCGGAAUCAAUCCCGCCGCGCUGCCCCACCUUCUCGGCAAUAGUUCGGCCAGCCAGCAACUUCUCAACGCCAUGCAACCCCAGCAAAUUCUUCAGGCUGCUCAGGCUGCCCAGGUAGCUCAAGCCGCUCAAGCCGCUCAAGUCGCUCAGGCCGCUCAGGCGGCUCAAGCUGCUCAGGCUGUUCAAGCGGCUCAAGCAUCCCAACAAACUCUGCUCACCACCUCACCCCAGCAGCACGGGAACCGGCACAGUUCGCACUCGAAUCAUUACCCGCCUCAGGAAAAACACCACAGAGAAAGACCGGAACAAUCAUCGCCGCUUAACGGAUCGGUUGGAUCCGCAGCCUCGGCCUUAAAUCGACUCGCUGCCAGCAACGGCGAGAUCACGAUCACGACGACGCACGGACCCAGCGGCGGCGGGGUCAAGCGUCAAGCUUCGCCGAGCAGCUUGCACAGCCCCCGGGACGAAGAUGACGACCUUCUGAGUGACUCGCCGAAUCAGCCAACCAUUAACGAAGCAACGAAUAACGUCGUGGACGGAAUUAAUUUGGACGAGAUCAAGGAGUUCGCGAAGGCUUUCAAACUGCGGAGACUUUCGUUGGGGUUAACGCAAACGCAAGUGGGACAAGCGCUCAGCAUCACCGAGGGACCGGCUUACAGCCAAAGCGCCAUUUGUAGUGCCCUGGCUACCCAGAUGUACGCUGCCUCGCAGAUUGCCUCUCAGCAGAAAGUUAUGUUUGAAAAACUAGACAUCACGCCGAAGAGCGCGCAGAAGAUAAAGCCGGUAUUGAAAAUGUGGAUGCAGGAGGCCGAGGAGAGUGCAAACGAUUACAGGUACAAAAGCGGGGCUAAUCAUCUUACGGAUUUUAUCGGUGUCGAACCGAGCAAGAAGCGGAAACGAAGGACUUCGUUCACCCCGCAGGCACUGGAACUGUUGAACGCACAUUUUGAGAGGAACACUCAUCCAUCCGGUACCGAUAUCACAGCGUUGGCUCAUCAGCUGGGAUACGAGAGAGAAGUGAUCCGAAUUUGGUUUUGCAAUAAACGACAAGCCCUGAAGAACACCGUCAGAAUGAUGUCGUCCAAGGGGGUCGUUUAAGCGACCUUUUUCCGCUCUAACAAUAAAUUGCUCUCACUUCGUUGGCGGAGUGAAAAACGUUAUACGACGGGUGCGUAAAGCUAUACUUGGUACGAUUAAGUGCAAACUUACGUACGUAAUACUGUGAAACGGGUGGUAUAAAAAAAAAAAAACUCUAAUGCUAUAAAACAUACUUUAUACAUGCAUGAUAGGUGAAUGAUAAACUGAAAUUAAAUUGCCUAACAUUUUUUAUUUGAAUAUCUUAUACACCGUUCGUGACAUAUAAACGCAACAAUGCAUAGUGAAAGUUGGAACUUUGUUUCAUGUUUACUUUUUUCUCGAAUAAAUAUCAAAAUAAGUAGAAUACAAUUACGCGUGCCGGAGAAUAGAAUUAUCACACCAAUUUCUACAUCGUUCCGACAGCGGUGUAAUAAUCCGUAAAUUAAAUAUAAUAAAAACCGUACUUUCCGAAAAUAAAUACAUCAAUAAUGUUAUUCGUAAUAAUAAUUAUAGUAAUAAUUGAAGAAAAAAAGGAAAAAAAAAACACUCGUCACACAUAAUGGAUAAAUAAUAAUAAUAAUAACAAUUACAAUAACAAUAGCUACGGUAAAUUGAAAUGUGACAAGUAAUACGUAUACAUAUAUAUAUAUAUAUAUAUAUAUAUGAUACUAAAGAGAAAGUAUUGUGAUCGUACCUAUAAUUAAUACGCCGUGUAAAGAAAGUGAAAAUGUGAGCCAACGCAACAGACGUUGAGAAAGUUGUGUGAGUGCGUAAGUAUGCGUGUGUCUGGACUCUACCCGGAAGAACGCGAACGAAAUCUAAUUGCGAUAUUCCAGCUGGAUCUGCUGCGAUAAGGCGAAGAUGACUGGAAGUUGAACCAAAAUAGUAAUACGUCCAAAUACGAAUGAAUAAAUUGAUCAGAGUACAAGUAUUACUCUUUAGAAACUUUUCGUACGCGUACGAACCGUAAUAUAGAUAUUUAAUAACGAAAACGCAUAUUUAAAAUAAAUAAAUGAGAAAUGGAUAAAUAAAAUACCUAUAGCAAUCAUAUAUACAUGAAUAUAUACAUGAAUCGCAAUAAUGUCUGAAAGUGCACGAAGUACGCGUAUUACAUGCAACGUUUCUCUCAAUACUCUUAAACGUGUUGUAUCGAUGAGAUGUAUUUAUUAUUUAAAAAUACGAGACAAAAAAUUUCCACUCUUCAUUUUGAUUUGCUUCGUUUUUUUUUUUUUUUUUUUUCCACGUAACGCUAGUCCGCAUCUCCUUUGCCAUACAUUGUAGGAAGUAUAGAUUUUGAAUUCACAACCACGUCUCAUUUCUUCAGGUUAAUUAUCGCGUUUUCUCAGCUAUACUGAAACUCCUUUUCCGGGGCUUCAUCGAGAAUCUUCUUAAUUCGUGAAUAUCGACUAAUUUUUUUUUGUAAUCCCCACUGCCAAACCAGUCUAUUUUGUCUGCGGAAAAUCCAGCAUUCCCGGAAACCUUUUCUCGUAAGUAAAAUCCCGGUCCGUAAUCAAUCUGAGAUUUAAGCAAUAAAACAAUAUACAAACGAACCAUCGUACGUAUCGAUAUGAGCCAAAUCAAUUGUCUCUUGGUACAUGCAGUGAUGGUGGGAUAUAAUAAUAAGACAUAUAUACUUGUAUCACAACGGCCGUUGAAAUCUCGCGUUUCGAAGCCCCUGGUAAAAUGGAUCUCAUUCUCAAAUGAUUGCAAGUUCGGUAGAUACGCAUAGGGUAUUAUACACAUACGAAUAUGAAUAUAUACCUUUAUAAAUAUAUAAAUAAAUACCGAUUAACGAUAGGUAUGUAUAAAAGUAUUCUAAUUUAGAUAUUAGGGGCUAAUUCGUACCCGUAUGUUAAACUGUUAAGCCAUUAAUAAAUAUUAUUAUAACGAUCUUUGAAUCCGCAAGGAUAGCCUGUAAAUAAAACCGUAUAUUGUAAUAACAAAAUACAAAAAUAUACUUUUAAUGUUACGGCUAUGAAAUAGCUAGACUCAUGGAAAGAAAAUUUACAUGGUUAAAAUAAAUUAACGAAAAACAAAAAAGUAUUUAAGAAAAUUUACUUUAGGCGAAAAAAACAAACAAAUAAAGAGCAAAGUAAUUUUAUUCCUAAAAAAAUUGUAUAAUAAAAUUCAAAAUUCAAAAUUUUGAUUGUGAAAAUAAUUGAAUCGUGCGUGUUGUCCUUUUGAUAAAGAUAAAAAAAAAAGCGUUUGUACAGAGAUAUUCCGGUUAUUAAAUUUUGUUAUGAAAAAGAAAUGAAUAAAUUGUAGAAAUCAUGUGUAUUUUCUUCGUGAAAAAUAAAAAAAUGAUAUAUGUACAAUAUACAUAUAUAAAUAUAUAUAUAUGUGUAUGCAUAAGUAUAUCAUACGCAUACAUACGAACACCUAUAUACAUAUAUAGGGUAUAUAUGUAUAUACACAAUUGAUAGGUUACUCAAAUAUUCAUAUUAGUAUCGAGAAUGUGAAUUGUAUUCGUGAGUGUCAUAUUUCUAAGGAAGAUAGAUCCACGGGCGAAUGUUUUGUGGCAGUUUUCAGAAAAAACAAUCAAACGCAAUUUGAUAAAAUUGCGGGAACAAGUGAUUCUUGCUUCGCCCCGCGACAAAAUAGAACGAAAACAAAAAACACUUGGCAUUGGUCUUGAGAGUUAAACGAUAAAAGAAUAUUUGUUAGAAACUUGUCGAACCCUAGAUAAAAAUUAAAGUGUUGCUGCAUGUAAAUAAUCAUUCGGAGAAAACUGCCUCCAAAACAUUGCCCAGCGAAACCAAAGUUCCUACUACGUUUUAUAAAUAAACUGGACAAAUCUUGGAAUGUAAAUAGAGAAUGCAAAUUAAGCUAAUUAAUCACAAUACAACCGGCAAUUCAUUGAAGUUAAGACUAUUGAGACUGGUACGAAGUCAACUAAUUCUAUUCACAGACGUACAGAUAUCGAUUGAACCAAUAUCGGUAGAAACCGAUUGGAUAUAUCCUGUAACUACGCGAUUGUAUGUAUUUUCCGUUAUGACGAAAGGUGUAACGAAAUAAGAAUUGACUCAUUGUCAGUCCUGGCGAUCUGAAUAAAACAUUUAUCUCGAGUAUUAUAGUAUACAGCUUGCCGAAUAAAUAUUUAGACUUUGAUAUAGUAACAAAUCAGUAUUUCCGCAUGUAUGUUACUCGAAUUGGUUGACUCGCUGACCGCACUAAACACAGUCGACAACUAAGCACAUAAGUAUACAAUUAGGAUAAACACUGUCUUUAAUGUUAGCUCGUAGUACGUAUUUAAAAAAAUGAACACAAUUUAGUACGUAAGCGAAUACCUGUAAACCUAGUAGGUGUCCACUAAAUAAAAAAGUAUAUUGUGGUAAA